CUAUUUUCUGGUUUUCAGUUUGUUAUUUUGUGAUAUUGAAUGUGCAGCUAUGUAAUCAUUCUAGGGAUGAGAUUUUUUUUACCGAAAUACCGGUACUAUACCGGUACCGUACCGACGUCGUACCGUACCGAUCAUAAACGAUACCGGUAUCGGUAAUAGAUUUUUCAAAAUUCGGUAUCGAUACAAACGGUAUCGGUACCUCUAUUAAUACCGAAUUAAAUAUUGAUAAGUUUUUAUGUUUUUCAUUUUAGAUUUGAAUUCUUCUAAGUUUUCAUGGCAUUCUAGAUAUGAACAACUUCUUGUAUGUAGGCUUUACUUGGAUUCGGAGUUGAUGAAUCAAGAUUGUUAUCGAGAAACCUUGUUGCGAGUUUGUUAGAUCCGACAACUGUUGGGAAUCGCCUCGAUUGUAGACGUUGAAAAAAGUAAAAAAAAACCAUGAAGCUUUUAUUAAAAUGGUAAAAGUAAAAAUAAAAAAAAAAGUUUUAUCUUUAAUAAGGAAUCAAAUGUUAACCUCAUAACAAGAAAUGGGUGAUUGCAAUUAUAUGGUUUUUUUAGGUAAAACAAUGGAUAACACCAAAGCGGUACCAAUGUGGUAAAGUACCGAAAUACCAGCACCGUACCGAAACCGAAUCUAUAAAUACGGUACGGUAAUCGGUAUCCACAUUUCCUCAAUUUCGAUAACGGUACCGGUACCGGUAUCGUACCGAUCUCAUCCAUAAAUGAUUCUGAAUAUGCUAAUUGCGACCGUGGUGUUCUUUUAAUUUGUUUCCCUCCAAUCAAGUAACUAAAUAAAAAGUUACAGUAUAGCUCUCAACAAUACUUAUAUUCUGGUCUAAUUCAUAAUUGCAUAGGAAAUGACAUUCCCUAUAGGCAACGGUGAUUUGGAGCUUGGAGAUGUAAACAUGAUUCAAGACACCUUCCAAAGUCUUCUUGAUUCUAUAGAAAACGAAGUCAACCAUUUUAACCGCGUUUUGCCACAGAUUGCCAGAGUACCUCGUACCCUACGAGAACUCAACCCCAGUUCUUUUAACCCUCGGGUGGUCUCUAUUGGACCUCUGCAUAGAGAUGACAACAAUGUGCAAGCAUUUGAAAAGCAGAAAAUAAUUUGUUUGAAUAAUCUACUGCGUCGUACAAGUCCCUCAUUUGGGGAUUUAUUGAAAUCAUGUGUGCAGAAGGCCUACUCUAAAAUGAAACAAAUCAAGGCAUUUUAUGUUUGGGAGAAGACCAUUGAUGAUGCGGUAGUUGCCAAAAUGAUGGUUGUGGAUGCUUGUUUCAUACUUGAGUUCAUUCACUGGUAUUCGACAUCCGAUGAACCAUUUUUGGGAAAUAAGUUGCUGCCCAAAACUAUAAUUUUUGACUUGGUAUUGCUAGAAAACCAGAUCCCUUUGUUUUUUCUUAAUGAAAUAUAUGAGUGCACAAUAUUGAAAACUGCUCCUAAUCUCUCCUUUAUUGAAUUUAUUCAUCCAAUUUUAAAUGAUCUCAGCCUCUUUGAAGAUGAAAUAAAAAUCAACAAAAUUUCCAUUGAUACAUCACCUCAUAUUCUAAGCCUUCUACAUGAAUGUUACAAGCCUCGAGAUGAUAUUAAAUCAAAUUACUUAGAGUCACCAAUCCAUUCGGCUGUAGAUCUAGACAGGGCAGGGGUCAAGUUCAAACCUAACCAAAGUCCAAACUGGCCCAUGGAGAUGGGUGUGACGUCAUCUAUGUUCCCAUGUUUUUCAUGGUGUUGGGGUAACAAAACUCUUAGAAUGCCGGUAUUUCUUGUUCAUGAUUUCACAGAGUUGGUGUUAAGGAAUCUCAUUGCUUACGAGCACUCCUACCAAACUCGUAAUCAUAUUACAUCAUAUGCUUUUGUCAUGGAUAUGCUAGUUAAUACUCAAGAAGAUGUUGCUAAGUUGGUAGAUUCAGAAGUCCUUGUUAACGACCUGGGUUCAAAUAAAGAAGCUGCUAAUAUGAUCAACAACAUAUGCAAAGAAGUUACAGGUGAAUAUUCCUUUUACUGUGAACAAUGUGAAAUGUUGAAAGAGUAUUGCGAUGGCUAUUGGCCAAAAAAUAUAACUUGGUUGAUGAAAACUUACUUUAGUAGUCCAUGGAAUAUCAUUGCUUUAUUUGCUGGAAUCAUUCUAUUUGCUCUAACCGUGGUUCAGACCGUAUUUACUAUUAAGUCUGCUGGAAGCAACUAAAAGAGUUUUAGGGGGUGUUUGGAGCAAGGAGAAGUAAAAGGGUAGUUAAGCAGUUCAAGAGAGGGGUCUUUUCUGGAUAUGUGAGAAGUGAAUUGAAGUUUGGAAUAUUUUUCAGUCAACAUUGAUGUGCCUAUAUGAUUCUUUUUACUCUUUAUAUAUUUUUGAGUUAAUUGCCA